CACGCGCCCCUCCGAAAAUCAUGGGACACAUACACGAGCACGCGAAAAGGUGAGGAGCGCACGCAACGAGUGAGCAGGCGGAGCCCAGCGAGGCGGACGGGAGAUCGCCGAAUCCUUAUCCGCCUCGCCAUGGCCGCCGCCGCCGCGGUCGUCCACCUCUCCGUCCACGCACGCCUCCGCCGCUCGCCGGCCGAGCUGCCCUCCACCUCCUCCUCCCGCCGCCCGACCCUCCUGCGGUGCCGCGCGUUCAAGCAGGAGGCCGACGGGGGCGGCAGUACCCAGACCGAGGCGCGGAAGCGCAGGAAGAAGGGGCCGCUGUACAAGCUCAAGGCCGCGAUCCAGGGGCUCGCGGGCUCCCGGUCGGCCGCCGCGGAGGCGUACGGGGGAGAGUACCAGCGCGCCGUCGAGAAGGCGGAGGAGAUCUUCUUCUCGGUUGCUACUCAGCUAGGCAAAUAUGUUAUCACUAUGAUGAGCAGUGGUGUUGUACUCGGGGUCGGAUUUCAGCUAUCAGGUGGAGACAGCCAAAUGAAUGAACUAAUUUGGUAUAGCUGGCUUGGUGGGGUGAUUAUCGGUACUAUGAUAGGUACAAACAGUGUCCUAGAGGAACACUGCAAAGCUGGACCUCGCAAUGUCGUCAUAACUGGAAGCACAAGAGGGUUAGGAAAAGCACUUGCUCGUGAGUUUCUUCUUUCAGGAGACCGUGUUGUGAUUGCUUCACGAAGUCCUGAAUCAGUUCUUCAGACUAUCAAAGAACUUGAAGAGAACAUUCAGGAGGGCUUAUCAGUCGCCAAAAAGAAAGAAAGGAAAACUUUAUCUCAUGCCAAGGUUGUUGGUACAGCUUGCGAUGUCUGUAAACCUGAAGAUGUGAAGAAGUUAGUGAAUUUUGCUAUUAAUGAGCUUGGCUCAGUUGACCUUUGGAUAAAUAAUGCUGGCACAAAUAAAGGUUUUAGGCCACUGGUAACUUUUUCUGAUGAUGACAUUACUCAGAUCGUUUCAACAAACCUAGUUGGAUCUUUGCUGUGCACCAGAGAAGCCAUGAAUGUCAUGCAAUACCAAGACAAGGGAGGCCAUAUAUUCAACAUGGAUGGAGCAGGUUCUGGAGGAUCAAGCACACCACUGACGGCUGUCUAUGGUUCAACUAAAUGUGGACUGAGGCAGUUCCAAUCAUCACUUCUGAAGGAAAGCAGAAGAUCAAAAGUUGGAGUGCACACUGCCUCUCCUGGAAUGGUCCUCACAGACCUUCUGUUAAGUGGUUCAUCCCUCAGAAAUAAACAGAUGUUCAAUUUAAUAUGCGAGCUUCCAGAAACAGUAGCUAGGACGUUGGUUCCAAGGAUGAGAGUUGUAAAAGGAAGUGGAAAGGCAAUCAACUACUUGACACCACCAAGGAUCUUGCUGGCCUUGGUUACUGCAUGGGUUCGACGGGGCCGAUGGUUUGAUGACGAGGGAAGAGCAGUAUAUGCAGCUGAGGCUGAUAGAAUUCGCAACUGGGCUGAAAGCAGAGCACGCUUCUCUUUCACCGACGCGAUGGAGAUGUACACGGAAAACACUUGGGUUUCCGUAUUCUCGCUCUCCGUCGUCUGUGCAUUCAUAAUUCUUUCCAGCUCAGGUGGACCUCUUCCAGGCACAUGAUCCCCAGAGUUGCCGACCUAGAUACUCCAUUUAUUUUCAACAAAGGCGUUCUAUUAUCGGAAAGGAUAUGACACAACACUUAUGAAUGGGGAAGAAGAUGAACCCACAAAUGUAGAUAGGUGCAAGGGAGAUCAGCAGCUGCUUCCUCUCACCAUUUAAGGCUUGGCUAACCAUGUGCUCGGAAAAAGGGUAAAUAGAAUUUGUUUUGUGGGCAUUCCCACUUCUGUAUGCUAGCCUGUGAUCUGUUACUUUUAAGAACAUGUAUGAGAAACUGAGCACCAUCAGAGUCGAUGAAAGUUCUUACCUGGUGUACAUGCUUAUAGUCAUGAUAAUUAUUGUAACUUUCUGAUCGCCACUUGUUCCCUUAUCACUGAAGUAUCUAUAACUUAAA